CGUUCACGCUAUGCGAUCGCCUCCAUCGCAUCGUGGUCAUGUCGCACAUUUCGGAUGCAGAUAAUCACAUAGGCACCAAGCGGGUAUCCAGACGACGACCCAUAACGAAACCGGAGACCCUGGGACAUGAGCCGUUUCCGGGCCUCCUUUGUUCAACUUGCAUUGGACCUAGCACGAUCUCGGAAAGCUGAGCGUCCGCUACUUGAUACAUACCGAUUGGUACGUAGCCGUUGAAGCACUCAGAGUCUCCUGUAGGAUGUCGAGCAAGAGUGCGUCUGAUGGUGGAGAAGACCAGGGGGAGGCAGUCUUCGAAUAUGACUCUGCAAGUCCGAUGGACAGCGAUGGCAGAGUUUCUGAAGCGUCGACCGCCAGCCCGACUGCACAAAAAUCACCUCACUCUGCCGACUCACGCUCGUCGCAGUCAUCACACACCAGCGAGACCGUCGAACCUCGGCAGAAGUCGUGGGGCAGCCCAACGUCGCCGGGGGAUCUUAGCCCAUCUUCGGACGUUCAUUCCCCAAUCAAAGUCUCCUCAACCUCGAAGCUGAGACAAGAAGCUCAAACAAGCUUCACCAUCAGACGAAGAGGGGGUUCAAGUAUGAACUCCUCAGCUACAGACUCAAGUCCCGAAACUCCGUUCUCAUCCAGCUCCCUGUCCUCCGGUUCUCCUUCCAGCAUCUCUCCUAUUCCUGGAAAGCCGUUGUACAGGAAGAAGAGCGUUCAUUUCAAUGACAAGCCAAGGACAUCAUCGCCGAGGACUAUGGGACAGAAUGUCAUUCGACUGAUCUCUUUGUACCUCGUCUCGGUGGCUUUCAUGAUUCCAGCAUCCCUUAUGGUCUCACUGACCACGAUACUCCUCACGCCCUUGUACAAUUCCUACCCCCUGACACUGCACACCCCGAUGGUCUAUGCAGCAGCCACCAUAGUCCUGGCCCUGGUGUACUGGCUGCUCACGUCUUUCAGAUCAGCACGAGACAUCAUCAGUGCCCGUGUCUGUUUAAACGUAUCUGCCCUGGCUGGAGACGCGGUCGCGGUAUCGGGUCGGAGAAUUGGCAGUCUCUGUGGACUUCUCGGCGGUCCCCAGUGGGGAGCUGUGGUAUCUCGUACCAUUUUGUGUACGUGCUUGGCUAGUGGAGUUGGAGGUUUCUGUCUGUUAUGUCUGGAUCAUGCUCUACCCGUCUCUCCAGGACGCAGAUCGAUGAGCCCCGCCGUAAACUUAGUCAAUGUCACGUCAAGGUCACUUUUCUGUAUGGGCCACAUCUAUAUCAUGGACCAUUUUUGGACUCGUCUCCUAAGAGGUAGCACAUCAUUCAUCGUGCAGCACCCGGAAAAGAGCAUCCUGCUUAUAUCUCUCUAUCUUACCUGCACAUCGGUCCUUAUGCAACCACCCAGAGGUCGAUCAAGUUUAUCGCAGAAAGUCCACGCCUUCCUUUCGCGCCGCCUCAGGCUAUCUCGCGAAUCAUCUCGUAAUCUGGAAAGCUUCACAUCGCUCCUGCCGAGCCAGCUCUUCCCUGUAUUGCUUCUAUUACGGAUCCCACUUCUCAUCCUCUCUACUCGUCAGCAGCUCUUCCUGCGACUCGCGCCCCCGUAUGUCGCUGCGAGCGGUACGCUCAGGAUCCUGUCUUCUGAGAGGGGGAUCACAGGUCAGAUUGUCGUUGCGGAAAAUCUCGAACGAGAUUAUAGAUUCCUCCGAUGUGAUGCGAGUAUACUGGGUGGCAGGUGGAUCAGGUCUGUGCCGAAUGACUCGGAUAGAGCAGCGAUAACCAUGGGCGACUCGAUCUUUGCCGCGUUCCCCAUGCAAGAGAUCGGUCUCCUGGUUCAUCGCUCCGAUCCGUCUGAGAGCUUGAUGCGCACCAUCUCGCUGACGACGGAUCUUGAGAUUGUCCCAGAGAUAGCAGAUGCGACAGAAGAAAAUGGUGAAGAACAGCAAAGAGCCCUCAUCAUUGGACUCGGCAUCGGAAUCACAGCCUCCACAUUUGCGCAGCGGGGUCUAGCGCUUGAUGUUGUUGAGCUAGACCCGGUGGUAUACAAAGCAGCCAUCAAUCAUUUUGGACUUCGAGCUCCCUCGGAGAGCGACACUGUCAACAUCAUCGAUGGCUCAGUAUACCUAUCGGAAUUGUCACGAGUCAAUAAUGAUACCAGUGGCCAAUUGCAGAAAUGGAGUCAUGUAGUACAUGAUUGCUUUACUGGAGGUGGUGUCCCUGGCGAGGUGUUCACCAAAGAAUUCUGGGAGGAUCUCAUCAGCUUGACCGAAGACGAUGGGAUAGUGGUAGUGAACGUCGCUAGUAUCAUCCAAAGCCCUUCAUCCAAAUCCAUCAUCAGAACUCUUCUCUCGGUAUUUACUCAGUGUCGAGCAUUCGUUGAGCCAACUCGAGAAAUUGUUGAGGUGGUAAACAUGGUGAUCCUCUGUACUAUGGCCUACUCUCCCCUGUUGACCUUUCGCCCACCGACACAUCUCGACAUCCAGCGAUCGAGGAUCAGGUCCCACGUCUACAGUACAUUUCAUGACAACGAAAUAUCUCUUCACGAUCUGCUAGGUCCCGAGGAUUGGAGCAAUCCGCUGUUUCUCCUCAGCAGGAACGACAGCACUACUCUGCGUGAUGACUGGCAGGGCACCACCAGCUUUGCAACUUGGAGGGCGAUGCAAAAGCUUUUGUCAAGGGAUAUGUGGAUGGCUUGGUGAGGCGAGCGAAAGGUCGUAUUGCGCUAGAGCACCUAGAAACCAGUCUGAUGUUGUAAUGGAUGCUGUGUAUCAUGUUAUCUUGAGGUCGCUGUAGCCUUGAUCAUCUCUCCAAAUUAAGACGGAACAUAUCCCGCCGCUGGCUUGGUCCUCUUCAACGAUGAUUCCGUCAAAGCCCAGGAGAC